GCAGCAGAGGAAACUGUAAAAGCUAUGCUGGGAAGGCGGCGCGGAGCUUGAUUCACCUUCACCGGCGUCGGGCACCCGCUGACCCCGGGUUUCCUACCGGAGAGCAGUCAGAUAUGAACGGACGGGUGGAUUAUUUAGUCACGGAGGAAGAGAUCAACCUGACGAGAGGACCCUCGGGGCUGGGCUUCAACAUCGUCGGAGGGACAGAUCAACAGUAUGUCUCCAACGACAGUGGCAUCUACGUCAGCCGCAUCAAAGAGGAUGGGGCUGCGGCCCGGGAUGGGCGGCUCCAGGAGGGUGAUAAGAUCCUCUCGGUAAAUGGCCAAGACCUGAAGAACCUGCUGCACCAAGAUGCUGUAGACCUCUUCCGUAACGCAGGAUAUGCUGUGUCUCUGAGAGUACAGCACAGGUUACCAGUGCAGAAUGGACCCAUAGUACAUCGAGGAGAAGGAGAGCCAAGUGGAGUUCCUGUAGCUAUGGUGCUGCUACCAGUGUUUGCCCUUACCAUGGUAGCAGUCUGGGCCUUCGUGAGAUACCGAAAGCAGCUUUGAAAUGCUUGUGCCUUCCAGUGUGUCCAGUGAACUAUAGCUCUCUCACUCACUGUCUCUGACAUCCCCCCAUAUUCUUUCUUCUCCACAUAGCCAACACAUAAUUUACAGUGACUGCUUAUCACCUAAAACCUUGCUAUUCAAAAUCUCCAAGACUUAAAAUUCUAAUGGAAGAGCAAAAGGAAUAUUUGGAGAAAAGCUGUGGGUGGGGGAAAGCCUUGCUUAGAAUAAAUGAGAAGUUACAUAUUUUACUAGAACUGCCAAUAAAAAUUCAGCUAUCAUCCAAAGAGGAAAAGCUCAGUCUUCCCAUCUCCACGGAUGACACCUUUUGCUUAGCUGGCGUGCUUUGCAGGCUAGCUGUGCUAUGUGAAAGGAGGAGCUGAUUUUUUUUUUAAAUCCUUUUUCUUGGGAAGUAUUUGUGGCCUUUAAUUUUUAACUAUCUACCUAGAUACCUAUAUUAGACAUAGGUGAAUGAAGUUUUUUCUUUCUUUUUUUUUUUUUACUUAAAAAAGAAAAUACAUAUAUACAGUAACACACACAGUAGCAUAAAAUUGAUGCCUUAUGGAGAAUUAAAGAGGUAAGGAAACUACUGGUUCUUGGGUUUCUAAUGGACAACUUUUGGGAACUAGAGGAUCAUAUUCCUUCAUAUACAAUCAAGACUCAUAUUGAAAAAUGAGUUCUGGAUUGUAAAGAGAACUUACCUUUUCCACUUGUCAUAAGUCUUUGUCCACAAGUUACAAGCAUACACAGUGCUAAGGGCUGAUUGUAACUGAAACACUUUAAGAAAUAAUAGCAGAGCAUGUCUGAUGGGGAUGGGAGAGCUAGCUUUAAACGAGCAUGCUCAGUCAGCAGCAUUAAGAAAGUAAUGACUGAAGCAAGUAGUUAAAAAUUGUAGAACAACUAGUGUUACUCAGUAGCUACUGAGUGGGAAAUUGUAGUAAGGCAGCUCUACUCAAGUCAGUUUGUUCAAAAGACUUUGGGGUGUAAAGAUGAGUCCUACCAGUCUCUGAACUCCCUUAGUUGCUAUUUUUACAGUACUGUUAAAGGACGUAUUGGCAUGGCCAUGGGAAGCAGAAGGGCCAAAUAAAGCAACAAGACAACUUUUCGAAAAAAGAUCAUGCCCCAAGGUGGCACUUGACCUCUCAAAGAUGCUCAACAAUGUUCAGUUUGAGUAUCAGGCAAAACCUAAGGGAACUGCCUUCCUGGCAGGAUGGACCUAGAACCAGCCUACUUCUGACUGAGUUAAGAUGAGAAGGCCUGAAUUGGGGUGGGUUUUUGUGUAUUUCCCCCAAAGCUAUAAACACUAAUUUUGGUUUUAAUAAGGUUAAUGGACCAUUUUUCAGAAAAGGGAAGGAAUAUAUUUUGUUUGUUUAUAGAGGAUGCAAGGAAAUUUGGUGAGCAUUUCUAAGGAAAGCCUGAGUACACAGUGUGGAUGACCAGACGCCAGAGGACAGCAGGGACGUGGGCGAGGAGGGAGCUGUCCUGUUUAUGUAGCAUCUGAGCCGGUUUUACAGUACUGAGGAUAGUUGAACCAAGACUAUUUUUUUUUUCACUUUAAGAAAAUAAUUUCCAUCUUUUCAAUUGGCCAAACUAUUAUUUUGACAUAAAAUUAUGAAGAGUUUUCCUGACUAGCAGUCACUUAACAGAUGUUGAUUGCACAUUAGUUUUGUCAAGACACCUUUGUAAGAAAGGGAAAUGCACAUACUUCAUCCAGAAGGACCUUGUGGUUACAGUUAGGAAGAAAACCUUUAAAAUGGAAUUAGCUAUGUAAGUGUAAGUUGUUUAUAUUACAGACAGCAAAAGAAAAUAGCUCCUGAGAUCAGGGCACUGAAGAUUUCAUAGAGGAGGGAAUCAUUAGGUGCUAAUCAUCUAGUAAGAGCAUGAGUAAAUAGGGGAAAAGUUAAAAGAGUCUUAUCAAUUGAGUAAUAAAUGCAACCAGUAAGAAAAAUGUUGCCAUGCAAAACAGCACAAUGCAGCAACGUAGAAGAUAAGCAGAUAACCAGCAAGUAUUAUAAGCAAUUCAGAAAAGGAAAGCCAUCGUGUAGUGGCAUCAGAGGAGAGUAGAAAGUCUUGAACAGUCCAAUGAGACUUUGCCUGUGGGCAAACUCUUGAUACAGGGAGACAUUUGCUUUAAACAAUCUUCACUUAACAAAGCCAUUCAGUACUUUUUGAAAAUGACUUAAUAAGUGGAGUCAUUGUAAGUUCCACAGAAAGCAAGACGUAUUCCAGCUCUUGUCUGGAGCAGCAGCACUCAGGAGGCCCAGUGUCUGCUACCCUUCUUGUAUCUGAUGGCAUGGCUAACAGCUCUGCCGUGGGCCUGCUUACCUCUAGUAUUCACCUCAGGGCUUGGAAACUUAUUUGAAAGACCUUCAGACAUGCAAAGUAAAACAAAUGGCAAGGAGGAUAAAACACUGUUGUGUGUUGCAUUGAUAUAAAUCAAAAAUAUCAUUGGUAGAAGUUUUACUUUGGUUGAUAAGGAUUCUGGUAACAUUUGGGUCUCCUUAGGAAAGAAACAACACUUGACCAAAACAUUUAAGUUUUAGGCAAAUACUUUAAUAUUUCACUCUUAGUUGUAUGAAAACUAAAAUUAUCAUAGAUGAGAUGUUGAGAAUCUAUAUAGAUUAUUCAAAUUUUAUGUUCCUUAUAGACUGACUCAAAUAUUCCUACCACCUUAAAGAUUAUAUAUGAUGAACCUGCCACAUAAAUUAUAAUGUUUAAUGUUUUGAAAAUUGAUUAUAAAUAUUUUUAAGUCCCCAUAACGUAUUUCUUGUAUUUGUCAUUGUGAAUUAUAUGUAAUUCUAAUAGAUACUGUUUGCCUCAGUCAUUUUUGUUUCCUUUUCCUAUAGUUUUCUGUGUGGAUGAUUUCAUGCAAUUAAUUGGACCAUCUAGCCACAGGCAACAAAUAGAAAUAUUAUUUGUAAUUACAGUCUAUGCCAGGGACUUUGUUAAACUGAUUAGUAACACUGUGAAGUACCCUGAGAUUUAAGUAUUGCUGUAAAGAGACUGAAGAUGAGAGAAGAAAGUAUUUUCCUAGGAUUAUAUAGUUGGUAAAAGAGAAUCAUGAUUUAAUCAUAGGACUAUGGAUGACAGUAUCAAUAAUAUUCCUCACUGCUAGCAGUCCUCAUAUGAGGUCUCUGGAUAAAAGCAACGUAUUACCUGCAAACGCUUGGGUUUCGUCCCAUGCUUAUGGAGUGGGAUGAUUGUGUGGCAGCCAGCAACUCUGUCCUUCUAGGUAACUGGCUAAUUCUGAACCUUGAGAUUCACCACUAUCAGGAACUCUCUCUGCCUACAGUCACUUGGACAGCUGGCUGGGCAACCCACAUUAAGUAAAAACAUGUGGGACUAGAAUUCAGUCAACAAUAAAAUGUUUCAUCAGGUGGCUAAAAUGUACAGACUCUUGGAAAUGUUCCAUGGCAUUUCAAUAGCCAGAAUUAAAAACUUGGCCAUGUCCAGAGCCCUGAGCAUCCUCCCCCUUGCACUCCCAUACAGAGGCAGAGUAAGAAAUGGAACAUUGUUUUACUCCUAGGUGCUCAGGACAGACCGAUCAACCUCCAGUAACAUAUGUGGUUAGUAAGUGCUUCAGCUUGUACAGCCAUUAAUAACCAAGUCAUAGGGUGGUGAAUCUAAAAUACUCUUGGAUAUAAAUUGUAUGAGAAUUGAAAAAAAUGAGGGUCAGAAAGGUGAGCUAACUUCAACUUAGAUGCCCUAUCCCCUUAUUUUGGUCUCAAAUUUGUUUUAGUGUAUCCACAACAUGAAAACAUAAAAAAACUAUAUUUUAAAAAUCAGUUUACUUUCAUCUUUUCUCUUUAGGCUUUCAAUAAAGACCAGAAGGAAUGAUAGACAGCUAGAGAGGAUUGUGUAGGCAUCCAGAUUAGAACGGGAGAAACCAUCGAACAAAUUGAGAAACCUAAUCAGGUGUUGUUUUAAUUCCAUUAGUUUUAAGUUAGAUACAAGCUGUUUGUAGUAUUUUGGAUUUUAUUGUGCAAAUAAACAAUUUAAAUAUAUUUAGAGGCUAAGUAUGAUGGGACAUGUCUUUGAUCCCAGCAUUAGGAUGCAGAUCUCUGUGAGUAGGAAGCCAGUGCUGGAUAUCCCCCACCUUCUCCUCUCUCUUCCCCGCCUACUUCCUCUGUGUGUGUGUGUGUGUGUGUGUGUGUGUGUGUGUGUGUGUGUUCAAUAAGGAUUUUAUUCUACCCACUUUCAGUGGAAUGUGUCUUUGUAUAGAUAAUGAUUUUUUUCCUUAUUUAGCAUAUAACUAUCAAUACUAGUACAGAAAUACAAAAUAAAAUUUAGUCACUAAGUUGAAAGAGUUUAGCAUUUGAGAGUGGGUGAUCUUUAAUGUAUCUUUUUUAGCAUCACUGAAUAAGUACAGGGUUUGAGUUGUUAAGCUCUCUGCCUCUCCCAGGAGUUUUAAGGUCGGCUGUCUCCUAGGUAAGCCUUAUUUGCUGUUCCUUUUAACUGCAGAAUUUUAUUGAGACCAGCCCUCACCUAUAUAGUUAUAAUUUUUUUAAAAAGACAAUAUUUUAAAGAAUUUUGCCCAGUGGGAAUGAGAUUCUGAAUUGCCAUUAACUUGUGUUGAUUUCUAUAUAAAGAAUUCAAAGCAAGUGACUAUUUACCUGAUGCACUUAAUAAUACAAAAUUUGACGGAAGAAAGCACUAUUGAUGAAAAAUCUAGCUCUAUUAAAUAGUAAUGCUUCCCCUCAUUGUUUCAUUAUUACAAGGGAGAAAGGGAAGGGAGGGGGACUAAUAAAGGUUUUCAGUGCAGUUUUGUUAUUUGUCAGUAGAAUAAUUUGCAAAAGAACUUCGUAGUAUAUUGAAUAGUCACAGGAAGAUGGGAUGAUCCUUUUCAGUGUUGGCAGAUUUGCAAAUGAAGACACAGCAUUGAAUUCUGUUGCAGUUGUAAUGCUGUGUUUCCAAUUCUGUUUGCUAUUACUGGAUACGUGUACAUCUUCCAGGCUUUUCAGUUCUUGGAAAAUUUUUUCAAGCACCUUAUGUUGUUUCCUUUCUGCUCUGAUUUUUUUCUUUCAGUUUUUAAAAUCUAUUGGAAUAUUAAACAUGAUAGAAGUAGAAAAAUAUCUCUUAUGAAGUCCUCUAUGAAAGGAAAUUGUGACAAGUUCCUGAUUAGACAGAAACCGUUCCAUCUCCAAGGGAGAAUAUGCAGCCUAAAUGUGACUUCAUAGAAUGAUUUGGGUAGUUUUCCUUCUGUUUCUAUUUUGUGGAAUAGUUUGAAGAGUAUUGGUGUUAUGGUUUCUUUGAAGAUCUGAUAGAAUUCUACACGAAACCCAUCUGGUUCUGGGCUUUUUUUGGUUGGGAGACUUUUAAUGACUGCUCUGUUUCUUUAGGGGUUAUGGGACUGUUUAGAUGGUUUAUCUGAUAGUAUUUGGUUUCUGUGUAGAAAUUGUCCAUUUUAUCCAGAUUUCCCAGUUUUGUUGAAUAUAGGCUUUUGUAGUAGACUGAUUGUUUUGAAUUUCCUCAGUUUCUGUUGUUAUAUCUCCCUUUUCAUUUCUGAUUUUGUUAAUUUGGAUAUUGUCUCUGUGCCAUCUGGUUAGUCUGGCAAAGGGUAUAUCUAUCUUGUUGAUUUUCUCAAAGAAACAGCUCCUGGUUUUGUUGAUUUUUUUUUUUUUUUU